AUGCAGCUCCGCUCGCCCUUUUCGUCGCCUCUUCUUCUUUUGGCCCUGGCCGACGUCAGUCUCGCAGCUCGCGCUGAAGAGGCUCUGGCCGCGCUGUCACUUGUCAACAUUGGCGACGUCCGCGGAAACAUUCACCUCCCCACCGAGGCGGAUGGUCUUGCCAUCACCUGGCACAGCAGUAAUGCCGAUGUGCUGGCGACAGACGGCGUUGUGAAGCGCCAGUCUGCAACUGAGGAGGUCGUUUUGACGGCUUCUGUUGAAUUCGAGGGGGCUCAGCACGAGCGCCAGUUUAACGCCUCGGUUCGUCAAGCCGUCCAGCUUGAUGCUUUCGAGGCUUACGCCUUUUCCUACUUCACCGGCUCCAGCCUCGAGGGCGAGAACAUCUUUUUCGCCGCGAGCAACGGUAACGAUGCGCUCUCCUGGCAGGAACUGAACGGAGGCCAGCCCGUUCUACGGUCAAAAUAUGGCACCAAGGGUCUGCGAGACCCCUUCAUCAUCCGUUCGCCCGAGGGCGAUACCUUUUACAUGAUCGCUACCGACCUCUCCAUCGGCAGCGGCACGUCUUGGGACGCCGCGGUCCGCCAGGGCAGCCUCUACCUCGAGGUCUGGGAAUCAAAUGACCUCAUCAACUGGUCUGAGCAGCGCCACAUCCUCGUCUCUCCCGAGACGGCCGGCAACACGUGGGCACCUGAGGCCUUUUGGGACGCCGAGAGCGGCUCCUACGCCGUCUUCUGGGCCUCUUCGCUCUAUGCCGAGAACGAUCCCCAGCACACGGGCAGCACGUAUCACCGCAUGCUCUACUCUUUGACGCGCGACUUUGUCACCUUUUCCGAGCCCAAGAUCUGGCAGGAUGCCGGAGACGCCCGCAUCGACACGACCGUCCUCCAGGCUAACGGUGUUCUCUACCGCUUCACCAAAGAUGAGGGCUCCGCCACCGGGUGCAGGGACAUCAUCCAGGAGACUUCCGACUCCCUGCUUGCAGGCAUGGACGGCUGGACGACCCAGGCCAGCUGCAUCGGACGCGAUGCUGGUCUCAGUGCUGUUGAAGGCCCGACCGCUUUCCGGUCCAACCCCAACGACGUCAACGGCGACAAGUUCUACCUCUUUGCCGACGAGUAUGGUGGCCGGGGCUACAUUCCCCUCGAGACGACUGAUCUGAACAACCCCGAAUGGAAGGUUUCUGCAUCGUACAGCCUGCCUACGAGCCCGCGCCACGGUACCGUUAUUGGCGUGACGGCCGCUGAGCACCAGGCUCUUGUCACCGCUCUUAGCAACCGCCGGGCUCGCCGAUCCAAGAACUCCAAAACUAUCCGACAGGCUGCAGAGCCAGUUGACCCGAUCGUCAACGAAACGCUCCGCACCGUCAUCUAUCCUGUCGUCCCAGGCACCGAUGUUACAAAUCUCGUCCCCACCUUCGUCACGGCCGACGGUGUCCGUGCCUCGCCCGAGUCCGGCACGGCGGUGAAUCUAUCUUCCAAGGUGGUUUACACGAUAACAAACAGCGAUGGUUCAACAAGCGAGUGGACUCUCUCGGCCGUGGAGAUGCGGAGCCCCGUGCUCCCUGGUCUCUGGGCCGACCCGAACAUUGCCGUCUUUGACAACACAUACUACCUUUAUGUGACGACGGACGGCUUCGAGGGCUGGGGCGGCAAUGUGUUCUACUGGUGGAAGUCGGCUGACCUCGUGUCCUGGACGCGCGGCGAGGAGCCCUUCCUGACGCUCGAUGGAGAGAACGGCAACGUGCCAUGGGCGACGGGCAACGCAUGGGCGCCGACGAUUGCCCGGCGCGACGGCAAGUACUACUUCUACUUCAGCGGGCACAAUGCCAUCUACGACCGCAAGACGAUCGGCGUGGCGGUGGCGGACCACCCCGAAGGGCCAUUCACGGCGGAACCACAGGCGAUGAUACUCAACGACGGAACGCCCAAGACGGGCCAGGCGAUCGAUCCAGCAACCUUUGAGGACCCGGAGACGGGCAAGUGGUACAUUUACUGGGGCAACGGCAACCCGGGCCUCGUGGCGGAGCUCGGCGAUGACAUGGUAUCGCUCAAGGAGGGCACGACACGGGUGUUGGAAGGACUCGUGGACUUCCGCGAGGGCGUCUUCAUGAACUACCGUGACGGGGUGUAUCAUCUGACCUACUCGAUCGACGAUACGGGGUCGGUCAAUUACCGCGUGGGUUAUGCGACAGCAGACAACGCCCUCGGCCCGUUCACAUACCACGGCGUGAUCCUCGAAAAGGAUCCUUCACAAGGCAUCCUGGGCACGGGACACAGCUCCGUGCUCAAUGUGCCGGGGACGGACGAUUGGUACAUUGUGUACCAUCGAUUCGGGAUCCCUGGCGGCGGCGGGUUCCGGCGGGAGACGAUGAUUGACAGGCUCGAGAUUGACGGCGAGACGGGGUUGUUCAAGAAGGUGACGCCGACGCUGGAGAGCGUGGGACCGCACAAGGUUCCUGGGGCGUUGCCAAGGCGGGCAUCUCAGUUGGAGGGGGUAGAUGGAUGA